ACGUCGACGCACCGCUGCAGAGCCAUCCCUGCCCGCCAACACGGGAAGUCCAAAGCCAACAACAGCUGCGGGUCAGCGACCGUCGCACACACAACUUCUCCAGGACGCGAUUUUUGGACAGCAAAGAAUCUCAUCUGAGCCUGAUCUGCGCCAUGACGCCCGAAAGCAUCCGAACCCAUACCCAUCCAAGUCCAUCAUAGCCACCCCUCACCCUCACUCGUCGACACGGCCUAAGCGCUAUACCUGACUAGUGCUCCACCAUCCACCUGCUCCCGUCAGGUGUCUUGCACGGCCAACAUGGAGAAAAUUAAGAACAAAAUCCACAAUCUGCGCAGGAAGCCCCUGCCAGACCAUCUCAGGGAACCCGUUAUGAACAUGCCGGACGGAUUUCGGAACUGGGCUGUGGCGUUUAUCGUCUGCAACUUCAACGUCGAUGUAGGGCCAGAGAUCGAAAUCUUGUAUCCACCCACUGUUGCAUUCAGCACUGCGGACCUCACUGCAAUAUGCUUCAAUAGCUUCCCAGAACAACAGAACACUGAGACAGCUGAAGACCUGGCGUUCAACUUCACGGUCACGAACGAUUCGCCUGGUGUCAAGCUGAGCUCUCCAAAUUCACCACAUGGCAGUGGCGACCAGUUCUUUGCGUCAUGCGUGUUCCGCCAGGAGUUCGACGAAACCAUGAAGAGAAGCUUCAACCAGAGAUCGAUGGUUCUGAUAUCACAUCACAACUUCACCAGCUUCAACAAUCGGAUAUUACAAGUCAUGACAGAGAGCGGCGUGAUCAGCGAUCCUACUACCUUGGAAGGCGCCCAUGCGCAAAUGAACAACUGGCCGCCACCAUCGAUAGGUGGCCACGAGCUGCCAUUCCUAGGCCGUAUCUUAACAUUAAACAUCGCGCCACACCCUUCGUUCCCACUCCAAGGUCUCGCUGGGUCCAACCCUCUGCCGGCAGAUCCCCACCCGCCCAUCUACGCCUAUGAGCCUGUAGGAUCUUGGGAUACUAUCAUGAACUUUAUGCCCUGCAUCACGGAUCUCUACGUCCUGUACGAAAAGCUGAUCCUCUGUGAGUCCAUCAUUGUAAUCGCCAAGUCCCCCCAACUAGCCAGCGAAGCCGUGUCCUCCCUCCUUGACGUCAUCCGACCCGUGCCCUACGCCGGCGUCGUAAAACCCUACAUGACCAUGCAAGCAGACUUCCGCAGCAUCGGCAUCGACGGCGGCACCCCCCGGCCCUUCAUAAUCGGCAUCACCAACCCCUUCCUACUGAAACGCAUCGUGGCUGCCGCAGAGAAAACACAAGGGCAGCGCCCACACAUCCUCUACCUGCAGAACUUCGACGGGCCCGUCCCAACCCGGCGGCAUCACUCUCUGCACCACAAGUCCAGCCGCAACGUGCUCCUAGACCUGCCGGGCGGCGGCAUCGAAGUACACACGCCGUCGAAGCGGUUCCUGAAAUCAGACGCCGGCGUCGUAUCGCAGAUCGAAGCUACCCUCAAACUCGACUCCCAGACCUCCUCCCUCAGCCCGCUGAUACGGCGCCACUUUGCCGAGCUAACAGCCACGUUCAUCGCACCCAUCAACCGGUAUCUCGCAACUUCCAACAUCGUCUCGCCCGGCGGGCAUCAGCGGUAUGCAAGUUUCUCCAUCCCGGAGUUUUUGGCUAGUGUCAGUAAGUACGGGACGAGUGUGAAGUUGAGAGGUCAGGGACCGAUUCAGAGACACAGAGUGAGGGAUGCGUUGUAUGCGGCGUUCUGUGCGAGUGAGAAUUUCUAUAGCUGGCUGGAUGUCAAGAUUAGUCUAGAGAAUGAGGCGAGUGCGGGGUUGUUGGGGGGUGGGAUGGGGGGCGCGAGAGGGUGAGAGGGUAAGAGGUGGAGGGAGCAACAUUAGUGGGAGACGGGCUUUCGCAGCGUAAUGUGUAAUAGACUUGAGGUGA